AUGGUAAACUCCUCUCAGGUUUCAUAUUUCACUCUUGCUGCCUAUCUGGACAGUGGAGAUGUGAAGUUCUUGUGCUUUGUGGUGACUGCUCUGGUUUAUGUGGGGAUAGUGCUGGUCAACACGUCGCUCACGGUGGUGAUCUGCAUGAACAGAAGCCUCCAUGAGCCCAUGUACAUGUUCCUGCUCAGCUUGUUUGUCAAUGAGCUGUAUGGUAGUACAGGCUUGUUUCCAUUCCUGCUGGUUCAGAUCCUCUCUGACCUCCACACUGUUCUUGCUCCUCUCUGCUUCCUGCAGGUCUUCAUCAUUUAUUCGUACGGAGGGGUUGAGUAUCUAACCUUAGCCGUCAUGUCUUACGACAGAUAUGUGGCCAUCUGUGAUCCUCUGCGCUAUAAAACCAGAAUGACGUCUAAAACGGUGGCUGCUCUGGUGGCGCUGACGUGGUUUUAUCCGUGCUUUAUGAUGGUUGUCUUGUUGUCUUGGGCUUCUCCUCUGCAGCUGUGUGGGAGCUUCAUCAAAUCAGAGUUUGGAUUAAAGUGA